AACUGAGCUGAACCCGGCAGUGAGAGGUCCCUGCUGUGGGUUAAAUACCCCAGGGAAAGCAGAAGAGAAGGGGCCGGGGAGGCGGCGUCCAUCGUCUCCUUGCAGAAUGUUCUGGAAGCUUUCUCUGUCUUUGCUCCUGGUGACGGCGCUGGCGAAGGUGCCAGAAGCCCGGCAGCCCCGGCCGGCCGGGGCCAUCCCCUCCCCGUACAAGGACGGCAGCAGCAACCACUCAGAGAAAUGGCAGCGUCAGGUGAAGGAGGUGCUGGCGUCCAGUCAGGAGGCCCUGGUGGUCACCGAACGCAAGUACCUCCGGAGUGACUGGUGCAAGACGCAGCCCCUGAGGCAGACGGUGAGCGAGGAGGGCUGCCGCAGCCGCACCAUCCUCAACCGCUUCUGCUACGGCCAGUGCAACUCCUUCUACAUCCCCCGGCACGUGAAGGAGGAGGGGGGGUCCUUCCAGUCCUGCGCCUUCUGCAAACCGCAGCGCUUCGCCUCCGUCUUCGUGGAGCUCGAAUGCCCUGGGCUGGACCCACCGUUUCUCCUCAAGAAAGUGCAGAAGGUGAAGCAGUGCCGGUGCAUGUCAGUGAACCUGAGCAACACUGACAGGCAGUGA